GCAGGCUGACGGAUGGAUGAUGGGACCCAACCAUCAGCUCCUUUUCUGGGUACCUCUCGCUGCCCGACAUGCAUUUUAUACUCCUUGGACUUCAUUGGUGAUACCCAGAGGAUUUCCUGAGCUUGAUAUGAGCCGCAUGGCACAUGGAACACGCUGGUCGAGUUGCCGAGAUGC